AUGAUGAAAUUAUUAUUUAUUAUUAUUUCAAUAAUUUUUGUAAUAAAUGUAUCAAAUAGUACACCAACUUUACAAUUAAGUGGUUAUUUCAAUGUUAAUGAAACAACAAAUGCAAAUUUGUUUUAUUUAUUUUAUGAAUCACAAAAUUCUCCAUCAACUGAUCCAUUAAUUCUUUGGCUUACAGGUGGUCCAGGUUGUUCAUCUUUAAUGGCAGCUUUUUAUGAAAAUGGACCAUAUUUUGUAAAUGAUAAUUUAACUUUAUCAGAAAAUCCAAAUUCAUGGAAUAUGGUUGCAAAUGUUUUAUAUGUAGAUUCUCCAUUAGGUGCCGGUUUCAGUUAUGUUGUUGAUAGUGAUGGUUAUAGUACUACAGAAACAGAGAUUUCUGAAAAUUUAUAUUCAUUCUUAACUCAAUUCCUUUCAAAAUAUCCAAAAUAUUCUAAAUUACCAUUAUAUAUUUUUGGUGAAUCAUAUGCAGGUCAUUAUGUACCAAGUUUUUCAUAUUAUAUUUAUCAAAAGAAUUUAGGAUUAGCAACAAUUAAUCUUAAAGGUCUUGCAAUUGGUAAUGGUAUGGUUGACCCAUACAUUCAAUAUGGAUCACUUGGACCAUUUGCAUAUGCACAUGGUAUGCUUGAUAUUAAUGCAUUAAAGGAAACUGAAGGAUUAUAUGAAUCAUGUCAACAAGCAAUAGAUUCAGGUGAUUAUAAUAUGACCACUCAAAUUUGUAAUAACAUUAUGGAUAUCGUUCAAGAGUAUGCAGGUAAUUUCAAUGUAUAUGAUGUAUCAAAGACAUGUUAUCCAAAUGAACCACUUUGUUAUAACUUUACAGCUAUCAUUGAUUACCUUAAUUUAGCAUCAACCAAACAAUCAUUUGGAGUUUUACCAAAUUCUACUUGGAAUGUUUGUAGUACUCAACCAUAUAGUGCUAUCAUUAGAGAUUGGUUUAAUACACCAAUUAAUUAUAUUCCAACUUUAUUAGAAAAUUAUAAAGUUUUAGUUUAUAAUGGAAACUAUGAUUGGAUUUGUAAUUUCUUAGGUAGUACUGAAUGGACUUCUCAACUUAAAUGGAAAUACAAUCAAGAAUUUAAUAACUCACCAAGAAAAAUUUUAUAUAUUAAUGGUAAUACAAUUUCUGGUUAUUCACAAUCAUAUGAUAAUCUUACAAUGCAAGUUCUUCUUGGAGCAUCUCAUAUGGCACCAAGAGAAGCACCUGUCGCUGCUUUGGCUAUGGUUGAAUCCUUUAUUCAAAAUUAA